AAACGGAAAAGAAAGAAGAGCAACGUUGGCGUCGCUGACCAAAUGGAGCUCUAAGAACUCCAGAAGGAGAGAGGCUGAGGGUUUUGAAACCCUAACCGUAAAAGCUCCGAAUCCCUCGAUUGAGACCUUGAUCAUCAGGUAUUAUUCGUUAUCCCUUUGGUUUCUGCAUUUUCCUCCGCUUUGCAACCAUGUUUUUGGACCCGGAUUCUAUGAUGGAUCUUUCGCGACAUCAAUCCAUCCCUAAAUCACCCGAUCGUGAAACUCCUGCUCAAAAAGUUGAUGUUUUUGAUGGAAUGUCUUCGAAAAUCUUGAAACCUGGUAACUCUGAGCUCACGCUCAGCUACCUGUGUGAAAACCCUAAGGAAAAGGAGCAAAUGGGUUCCGAUUUCUUGAUUUCUGUUGAGAAAUCGAGAUCCAAAGGGAAGGAGAUCGUCCCGGAUCUGCCGCAGCCUGGUGAUGAGCCCAAAUGGGUCGAGAGGGAUUUUCUCCAGCUGAAUGGGAUGGGUUCCAAGACGCCUGCGAAGCGAGAGAUUGAUGAUGGUGUUGAUGGUGAUGGCCGAGAGAAGAAGGGUAAGAUUGAGAGCCUGAACCUCUCGCUGUCCCUGAAUUCGUCUAAUCCUUCUGCGAAUAACGCCAAUACUAGCAAUUUGAAUCCUCUGCCGCCAAAGAAAAGCUAUAGCAAUAAUACCUGGACGACAAAUUCUGAUGAUUUUGGUCUCUCCAUGUCGUAUUCCCAAUCAGUGCCGUUUUCACACAACCCUAGUUGCUCUCUCACUCGUAAUUCGACUGAGAAUUAUGACAACAGCCACAUAUGGUAUUGUGGGGGAGAAGGGACUAAUGGCUCUGUGCAUAGUAAGUUCAGACCUGUCAAUGAUGGCAAUACCAUUACUUUCUCAAACAACAAUAGUUUGUAUAGAGCAAAUAGUUCAGAGAACCAUUCACUCUUUCCAUCCGAAUUGCCUGCAAAAAAUGUGAAGAGCAAUGUGGUUGUGACUCUGGAUAAUGGGAGGAAUGGGAGUGUGAAGAAUGGGAAUGUGAUGGUGACACGGCCUAGUAUGAUGUUGUUGGAGAUUGCCACAGAGCCAGUCCCUAUCAUGGCACAGAUGCUGCAGGAGAUUGCAAGUGAGUCCUUGGAAGCUGUCAAGGAGUGUUUGAGGAGUAUGAUGGAUGCGGCUGAAAAGAAGGAUGAGUUUGCUAGUCUUCAAAGGAGGCUUGAGAGGAGAUCAGAUCUCACAUUGGAGACUCUUUCAAAGUCCCACAAGGUGCAGCUUGAAGUUCUGGUUGCAAUAAAGACAGGUUCUGUGGAGUUUCUGUCUUUGAAGAAACAAAUUUCAACUGAGCAACUGGUGGAGAUUUUCUUGCUAGUGAGAUGUAGGAAUUUGAACUGCCAGAACGCACUCCCGGUUGAUGACUGUGACUGCAAGAUCUGUUCUACUCAGAAGGGAUUCUGUAGUGCAUGCAUGUGCCCCAUCUGUUUGAAAUUUGACUGUGCUUCCAAUACUUGCAGUUGGGUUGGAUGUGAUGUUUGUUCUCAUUGGUGCCAUGCUGUUUGUGGAAUUCAGAAGAACUUGAUUAGGCCAGGGACCAGCUUGAAUGCAGCUGGUGGAACUAUGCAUUUCCAUUGUCUUGGAUGUGGGCAUGCUUCGGAUAUGUUUGGAUUUGUCAAAGAAGUCUUUAAUUGCUGUGCCAAAGAUUGGGAUCUUGACACACUGAUAAAGGAGCUUGACUGUGUGAGGAAGAUCUUUCAUGGAAGUGCAGAUCUUGAAGGUAAGGAGUUGCAUGGCAAGGCGGAAGAGAUGCUAACAUCACUCAGCAAGAAACGUAUUUCUCCUUUAGAUGCAUGUAACAGCAUCCUGCAGUUUUUCAAGUAUGGUGUUGCCGAUUUAUCUGUUUCUGGGAGUUCUCACAAAAGCAUUCUCACAGCUCAACCUGUUCAGUGCAAUGAACCUCUCCCUCUCACACCACUAGCUGCAUCUAUUCCUCAGAAACCCACUUUCAACCUAAAACCAGCCAACUUCGUUAUAGACACGACAAUUGAUCCAUGCAAACCAGAUAUAAAACCCCCAUUACAUGAUCAACAUUUCGGCCAACCCAAGGAAGCGGAAGGGUUUCAAAGCAUUGAGAGCAUUAUCAGGUUCAAGGAGGCAGAGGCCAAGCUCUUCCAAAGGCUCGCAGAUGAUGCAAAGAGGGAGGUGGAGAACUACCGCCAAAUUAUCCGUGCCAAGACACUAAAACUGGAAGAGGAGUAUGCAAGCAAGCUCGCGAAACUAUGCCUGCAAGAGACUGAGGAACGGCGCAGGAAAAAGCUUGAGGAAUUCAAGUUCCUUGAGAACUCUAACUGUGAUUUCCACAACAUGAAGAGGCGAAUGCAAGCUGAGAUUGCCGGUUUGUUAGAGAGAAUGGAAGCUACAAAGAAACAAUGGGUAUAGUAUUUGAUGCUAUUCCGUGUCACCGUGUUUGGUGUUAAAUUUAGAUUUCCUUCAUGUAUAUUUUGGUUUGAGACGCUAUAAACUUUAAUGUGAAACUAUGUGCUAUAGGAAUUAUAAUUAUUGUGACUUUUCUUGGAUAUGCUACCAGACAUGAUUUAAGAACAUUUCUGCAUCUUCA